GAUGUCAUGUGGCCUGUGUUUUGGACCGUGGUGCGUACUUAUGCCCCCUAUGUCACAUUUCCUGUGGCCUUCGUGGUCGGGACUGUGGGCUACCACCUGGAAUGGGUCAUCCGGGGAAAAGAUCCCCAGCCUGUGGAGGAGGAGAAGAGCAUCUCAGAGCGUCGGGAAGAUCGAAAGUUGGAUGAGCUGCUAGGCAAGGACCACACCCAGGUGGUGAGCCUUAAGGACAAGCUGGUAUUUGCCCCUAAAGCUGUCCUGAACAGAAACUGCCCGGAGAAGAAUGAAUGGAGGACGCAGGGCCAUAACGUCAAGUUAAAUGAGAAGAUCCCUUUAACAUCGCCCCAGCCCAUGGCGACUUCAGCCAUCCUUGUGGCCAGAGGAGAGCGCACACGAGCAGUGUCCCUCCGUCCUGAACGAUGGAGUCUUCGGGAACACAUGCCAAUCAUUCACUAG